UUUUUCCCCCCCUGAACUUUUCUGCCUCCUCAGGGAGUGUCGCGACGUUUAGUGUAGCAAAUGUGAUUUAAAAAAAAAAAAGUUGUGUCUUUUAUUGCUGAACGGAGCGUUUUACCACUCACUUCUGACGAACAAGCGGAUGUGAAGUGUGAUGUGUUACAAUGGGGAGAUAAACGCGACUCGUUUGACGCCAUACAUUGUUGACCCCUUUGGAGCUUCUGAGUUGAAGUGACUUUCAAGAUGCGUUCUACUGCGGAUGGACAAUCCAGCCCUCGCAGCAAUGACAACAACAACAACAACAACAACAACAAUAACAGCAGUAAUGAGAACAGUGGAAACUCCGGUUCUCAGUAUGCACUUUGCGCCCUGGGUGUCGGACUGGUGGCUCUUGGCAUAGUGAUGAUCGUGUGGAGCAUAGUCCCUGCAGAAACCACAUCGAACAGUAACAACAACACUGCCGGUGAUGGACAAGGUGAUCCUUCUGGAUCCAGAAAAAGUAAAGCUUCGUCUGUGGCUUUUGUCCUGGUGGGCUCGGGGGUGGUCAUGCUGCUGCUGUCCUUGUGUCUGGGGAUGAGGAACAGGCAGCGGGAGCAGCAGAGGCUGCAGGAGGCCCAGAACCAAAGAGGAAUGACCACCAGGGAGAACAGAGAUGCAGAAAUGCCCGUGGAAGACGCCCAGCGGUAUGCCGUGCCCACCUACGAGGAGGUGGUAGGCAGCGGCCAGUACCCCGUCCGCCAGAGCAACCUUCAGCCCAGCUCCUCCCAGCUCCCCUCCUACGACGACUUGGUACAAGUCGACGGCGUGCAGUACGAAUUUGAGGUGACUGGAUCCCCGCCUGGCUCCACCUCCGUCCCCACGACCGCCGUCGCUGCCGCAUCCAACCGCAAACACGGCAAAAGUGGCCGCAAGCUCCUCCCCAUCAAGAUCCGCAGGAUUAAAUCAGAGAAGAUGCCGAGUUCUCCGCCGGCCACUGGGAUCAGUAUAGAGCCGCUCACCCCGCCGCCACAGUACGAGGACAAGGUGCCUCCCCUUUAAGGUUCAUGCUGAUUCGUCCUUAGAAACUACCGUCAUCACUCAUGGAGUCUCCUGGAUAUCGAAUACCUUCUGUCACGCUCAUUUCAAAGAACUGACAUACAGAAAAGUCUACUUCUAAAAACUGGAACACAUUGGAACAGAAGCAUAGACCAAAAAAUCUCCUUGGAUGCCAAAGUGACUUCAUUACAUUCAUAGUUGGUUACGUAAGUCACACACACGGUGAUGGUGGCGGACAUCAUGAGACCUAUUUCUCCACACAAGAGGGCGAGAAGAAGCUGUUGAACUACAAGCAGCAGAGUGGGUGAUGGUGCAUUCAUUAUUCUCAGCAGCCUUGACCCCAUCCACCACCAUUACACACACACACACACACACACACACACACACACACACACACACACACACACACACACACACACACACACUCCUUGACUGUCUAUGACAUUGUUGCUUUUAAAACAUCUUGGCUUCUGUUCAACCAGCUGCUUGUCUCUCACACACUCCAUUACCUAAGACGUACAAUUCUUUACCCUCUGGAAUAAUUGACUUCGGGCAAUGUGCUCUCACAGUAAAUUAUUCUAUAAGUUAAAAACGAUAUAUUGUGCUGGAACUGUACUAUUUUAUGACUUCGUGAUGGUAAUCCCCUGAAACACCUGCAACAACAUUAAAAAAAGAUGGCUUAUAGCCCCACAAUA